CGCGCGGAAAAACUGCAAGAUGAUCGAAUGAUGGUGGGGUCUUUCCCACGAUUCGGGAACACUGACCGCAUGCGAAACAUUUCUGUGCGUUACGACGUGCACCGUAUGUACGUAUGUCCGGCGCGCAGCGUGGUGCUGACGUACAACGCAGUAGACCGCAGGUGAUCGUCUGCGACGUGCACGUUGUCGGCCGGUGGUGACGAACUCCGAGAGAUCAGCAGAGUCAACGGAAUAUGGCAGCUAAGAUGCAACCCCCGUUCGAACCACCGAGCUCGGCGAGUUCCGAGAGCGACGACGGCGACGUGUGCUUGGACGACCGCGAAAUUUUUCUCGCUGACGAGCUGUGCGAGGAUGUCGAACACUACAAGCCCUCCGACGUCGGCACACCGCAAUCUCCGAGGCCACCGUCCACAGGUUCACAAAAGUCACCACGUUCACGCAGGCAGCGUACUACUAGCAUGUCACAAUCAAGUAAAAAGACAUCUGCAGAAUCUAUCCUCAGAAGUAAAACGCGAACCAUUUAUACAGCUGGUAGACCUCCUUGGUAUAAUUCAGCUGGUCAACAAGUAGAACCUUUUGUAAUUGGUAUUUGUGGGGGCAGUGCUUCUGGGAAAACAACAGUGGCAACUAAAAUCAUAGAAUCUCUUGACGUCCCAUGGGUGACCCUUCUUAGUAUGGAUUCCUUUUAUAAAGUAUUAAACGAGAAGCAGCACGAGAUGGCUGCACACAAUGAGUACAACUUUGAUCAUCCUGAUGCAUUCGAUUUCGAACUUCUCAAGACUACGUUGCAGCGUUUGAAGGAAGGGCGUAUGGUAGAAGUUCCUAUUUAUAAUUUUUUAACGCAUCGUAGAGAAAGUAGAACGAAAACGAUGUAUGGCGCCAACGUCAUUAUCUUCGAGGGAAUACUUACCUUUUACAAUGUCGACGUCUUAAAGCUGUGCGAUAUGAAAAUUUUCGUCGAUACUGAUGCGGACGUCAGACUGGCCAGACGUUUACGAAGAGAUAUUUCGCAAAGAGGCAGAGACUUGGAGGGUGUAUUAAAACAAUAUAGUAAGCAUGUGCAACCGGCUUUUUAUUAUUACAUAGCGCCUCUUAUGGUUCAUGCCGAUAUCAUUGUGCCGCGCGGAGGAGAAAACGAAGUAGCGAUAGAGCUAAUCGUACAACACGUUCACACUCAACUUCAGUUGAGAGGUUUCAAGUUGAGGGAAAAAUUAGCGCACUCAUAUAUCGGACAACCGUUACCUUCUUCUUUGUACUUAUUACCGAAUACACCGCAAAUAAAAGGUCUUCAUACGUUCAUACGAAAUAAGGAGACCUAUAGAGAUGAAUUUAUUUUUUACUCUAAACGCUUGAUCCGACUAGUCAUUGAAUAUGCGUUAUCUCUACUGCCUUUUGAGGAUGUAACUGUCGAAACACCACAAGGAGUGUUGUACGGUGGUAAACGAGGAGCAACAGACAAAAUAUGUGGUGUGUCGAUAUUGCGCGCCGGCGAAACCAUGGAACAGGCUGUGCGAGAUGUGUGCAAAGACAUACGCAUAGGAAAAAUUCUUAUCCAGACUAAUCAGCAGACUGGCGAGCCCGAAUUGUACUAUCUUCGAUUACCGAAAGACAUUAAAGACUACCGAGUAAUAUUGAUGGAUGCAACUGUUGCGACUGGUGCUGCCGCUAUCAUGGCGAUCAGGGUACUUCUGGAUCACGACGUUGCCGAGGAAAAUGUGCUAUUGGCGUCACUGCUGAUGGCCGAAUCCGGGGUGCAUUCGAUUGCGUACGCCUUCCCGCGCGUAAAGAUCGUUACCUCUGCAUUGGAUCCCGAGAUAAAUGAGAAGUUCUACGUACUGCCUGGCAUCGGCAAUUUUGGCGAUAGGUACUUUGGUACCGAGCCAUCUGACGAUUAAGACGAUCGUGACAUUAGGAACGUUCGAGGUCCGACAACUGGAAAUAUUUUUACUUGGAUAUACUCGAAGCAUCAUAGAGAAAUAUUUAUAAUUUUUAUUGAAAGAAGGAAGAUGUUAUAUAAAGGAAAGAACGAGAAAAUUGAGCAAUUUAAAAAACGUUUCUUCCACUCUUCGAGUGUCAUUAUUGGCGAGAAUAAUUCAUUUAAGGAACGAUAAGGAGUAAAUAAGGAGGUAAGAGACGUGUGUGAAAUAUAAAAAUGUCCAAUGUAAUAGUCCUUUAAGAAAUAAACAUUUAUUUCCUUUUUAACAAAUCAACAGCGUAGACUAGCACCUAGAGACUAGUCCGACGUUUUUUUAUCCGGUCUAAGUAACUAAAGGCCGCGAGGAAUAUUCCAUGCGAGGGGAACUUCCAAAUCCGAAUGCAAAAUCAUUUUUAUUGAACUUCCCGUGUUUUUUUCUUUUUCUAAUAAUGCGAACUUAUACCCUGUCACCCUUAUGUAGAUACAAAAGUGGUUCGGUAUCAGAGAUCGCGUAUACGCUAAAUUAAGUACUCCGCAGUACGAUGUACUUGUAAGGAAGUAUAAAAAUCGCAGGGUCCCGCAAGAGCCGUGAGGUAAUUGUCAAAAGUUAAAAGGUCAAGAGUUUAUUGAAAGCCUAAGCUAAUUAUAGUUAUUAAUAAAAUU